UUUUGCUGCUAGCCUGCUAGUAAGCUAACGGACUAAAGGCAGGGAGAGGGUGAGACUGCUAGAUUGAGACACAGAUCUCGGGUUGAAACCCUCCCUGGAGCUUUGGGGAACUCUACACAGGAGAUCGCUGAAGACGGAAGUAUCUGAAGACUGACCACAAUGUCCGAUUUUGACAGCAACCCGUUCGCAGAUCCAGACUUCAGCAACCCUUUUCAGGACCCAUCGGUGACCCAGGUGACCCGAACCGCUCCCCCUGGUGGGCUGGAGGAAUAUAACCCCUUCACUGAUGGCAGACCGGCCCCCCCAGGUAAUGCCUCCAAAGCAGCCCCUGUACCCAACACUCAGCCUGCCAUCAUGAACCCCACUGAAGAACCUCCAGCCUAUUCCCAGCAAGCUGCUCAGACCCAGGACCAGGCCCGGGCUCAAGCAGAGUUGAUGAGGAGGCAGGAGGAGCUGGAGAAGAAAGCAGCUGAGCUGGACCGCAGGGAGAGAGAGAUCCAGUCCCUGGGUGCAGCAGGAGGUCGUCAGAACAACUGGCCCCCCCUGCCUGAGAAGUUCCCUGUGGGGCCUUGCUUCUACCAUGACAUCUCUGUGGACAUUCCCGUAGAGUUCCAGAAGACAGUCAAGAUCAUGUACAACCUCUGGAUGUUCCACACGGGGACGCUCUUCAUCAACAUGUUCGGCUGCCUGGCUUGGUUCUGUGUGGAUGCGUCGCGUGGUGUGGACUUCGGCCUGGCCAUGCUGUGGUUCAUGAUCUUCACCCCCUGCUCUUUUGUCUGCUGGUACAGACCUCUCUAUGGAGCCUUCAGGAGUGACAGUUCUUUCCGGUUCUUUGUGUUCUUCUUCGUGUACAUCUGUCAGUUUGGAGUGCACGUGCUUCAGUCCAUAGGCAUAACUGGCUGGGGAACCUGUGGCUGGAUAGCAGCUCUGACAGGGCUCAACACCAGCAUCCCUGUGGGCAUCAUCAUGCUGCUGAUCGCUGCUCUGUUCACUGCCCUGUCCGUAGGCUCUCUCAUCAUGUUCAAAAAGGUCCACGGGCUGUACCGGACCACUGGCGCCAGCUUUGAGAAGGCCCAGCAAGAGUUUGCUACGGGGGUGAUGGCUAACAAGACCGUCCAGACAGCUGCAGCUAAUGCUGCUGCCUCAGCUGCUACCAACGCUGCCCGUGGAGCAUUCAAACCCCAGCCAUGAACACACUUACACACAUACAUACACUCACAUACACACACUCUCAGACACACAAACACACUCACAGACAUGCACUCAGACACACACACACACACUCUCAAACGCAUACAUACACUUUCACAUGAACACGAAUUCACUCAGAAACAAACAUACGCUAAGACUAACAGACGCACACGCUAAAAAUACAUACCCAUGCAUGCACGUACACUGAGACAGAAACACACUUUGACACAUGCAUAAAUGCUCCAGCAUGCAGACAUGCUCUAGCAGACAAACACACAUACUUGAUCCACCUGGCAAACACACACUUAACCCCCUACCACUCACAAACAUACACUACUACCCAAAAACAUACACUACUACCCACAAACAUACACUACUAGCCAGUCAAACCCCUUAAAACACUCACAAGCCCUCCUCAAAUUCAUUCAUCAUACAGCUUUACUCUGUGUAUGUGUGUGAGCAUGUGUGAGAGACCCUAAGUCAGGUUAGUCACACAGAGGAGGCUGCUUGCUGCCAAGAGAGAAAUGCUACUGAAUGUGAUACUACUGACGUGUGUGUGUCUGUGACAGUGCUCAGUCGAUUAGUUAGUUCACCCCAGUCAGUACAACUACAGUGAAGAACCUUUAGCUAAACGCUGGUGUGUUCCGACAAUGAAGACUGACAGCUUGUUGGCAAACCUACAGGUCAUAUAUAAACAGUGACAGCUUAUUGGCUGACCUACUGGUCAAAGAUGAAUACUGACAGCUUAUCGGCAGACCUAGCAGUCAGAUCAUUCAAAGGUCAUAAGGGUUGGUGUUUGAAGACAUUCUUUUUAUUUUAGCAGUAUUGGUUUUGUGUUCUGGAAGAUUUUUUUUAAUUAACUCAUUGCCCAUUUAAUGUUCUGUGUAGUACAUGUUGCAACACUAUAUGUAUUUUUAUUUAUGGUUAAUUCAUGUGUCAUUGAGUAGUUGUCAACUUUUAGUCAGUUAUCUACCAAGUGUUCGGUGACUCUGGCUUGUUAGAGUAGUGACUCAACAUUGACUCACCUUGGGCCUGUUGUAGUGACUCAGCAGUGACAUUUUGAAGUAGUGACUCGGCACGGGCAUGUUAAAGUAGGCAGGAUAGAGGAAUAACUAAACUUGCUGAGCACACCCAUCAUGCUAUCCAGGCAGAGCUACAUGAUAUUCCCUCCCUUGGCGUGCGUGUUAUUCGUGCAUGCCUGCCUGUGUAUGUGCGUGUGUGCGCGUGCCUGUGUGUAAAUACCCCCAUUUCUGCCCCCAGAGCCCACGUAACCACCUAUUCUCCACAGCUGUUAAACUCCCACAGGUUCGCUUUUAAAUGUUUUGCUCACCUAAAACUCCCGUGUGUUUGUAAGCUGUGUAACGAGAGUCUGUCAAUUGUCUGUGUCCAAGCUCCUUUAGCGACACUGGAUUCAGCACCCUGAUAGAAGAUGUAAGCAGACACAGCGAAAGUAUUCAGCCAUGAUGGCAGUGUAGUGUGGAGGUCAAGUGUUCAUCUCAGUUAAAGGAUCGUCAGGCCAGCUAGGUUAGACUACUCUGUGUAUGUUCCUCUGUGACCUGGUACUGCUUCUGAUAACCAUACGAAAAGGGACACCUGUAUAUUUUGUAAAAUUGAAAUUAACGUGGUUUUUUUUUCCAUAAUCCUUGAAUCUCAAUCAUCUGAAAAGAAGAAGGAAAAAAAAAUCUAAAGAGCAGAUGCACUCUUGUCUGGCCUUUGUCGCAUGUGAAAUAGUUUGAGUUUUGUAUAUUUAUGGUAUUAACAUGAAAAUAAAUUUGAAAGAAUACAUCCA